AUGGAAGUCUUAUUGGCUGAGCAGAUGGAGCCCAUCCGUGUGUGCCAAACCGUUAACGCGAUGUUAUCUAGUAGUGAUCUGGUGCGUGGAGAUACGCUCGCCAAAACGGCACAGCUGAGCUUUAAGCUACACGCGUACAAGGACCCCAUGAUAUCAAACACAGCUGCUGCUGCGCUCAUGCAGCUGGUUAGUGUCUUGUUCGACCGUGUAGCGGAGGAGGAGGCGGUGGCAG